UAUAAAGACCCAAACCAGAGAAAGAACUCGCCGUCUCCUCUCCCCUCUUAAUCCUUCAAUGGGCUCCUCUCCCCUCCCCUUCCUCUCCUCUCUCCUCCUCCUCUUUCUGCUAACUCUUCCCACCUCCAAUGCCACACUCCACAGAGCCAAACUCCUGACCUCAGAGUUAUUCGCGGGCCCUCAACCCUCCUCCCCCACCGCCUACUUCGAGGUCGCCCGUCCCAUCCCCCUCCCAAAGACCAAGCCCUGCUCCACCCUCGUCCUCCAGCACAACUUCGGCAACACCUACGCCAAGCCCCCCGUCACCGCCCUUUACAAGCCCCCCUCCCACUGCCCCCUCCACCGGCCGCCCUCCGCCGUCGUCCUCGAGUGGUCCGCCGCCUGCCGCGGCCGCCAGUUCGACCGCAUCUUCGGCGUCUGGCUCGGUGGCGUCGAGCUCCUCCGCAGCUGCACCGCCGAGCCCCGCCCCACCGGCAUCGUCUGGACCGUCAAGAAGGACGUCACCCGCUACUCCUCCCUCUUCGCCCGACCCCACACCCUCGCCGUCUACCUCGGCAACGUCGUCGACCAGACCUACACCGGCGUCUACCACGUCAACGUAUCCCUCCACUUUUUCUUCGACUCCUCCACCCACCGCCGCCCCCCGCCCGCCAGCCCUGUCCCCGAUUUCGCCUCCCCUGCCGAUCUGAUCUUGCCGGUGUCUCGAAGCCUCCCGUCGAACGAUGGAUUGUGGUUUCUUGUCCAGAAUUUCUCCGACAUUCAGAAGAAGAAGCUCGCUGUCCCGGCCAACACCUACCGCGCCAUUCUUGAAGUGUAUGUCUCCUUCCACCAGAAUGAUGAGUUCUGGUAUAGCAAUCCUCCGAAUGACUAUAUAUUAGCGAACAAUCUCACAAAUUUGCCCGGGAACGGGCCCUUUAGAGAGGUCACUGCGAGACUAGAUGGCGAGGUCGUGGGUGCUGUCUGGCCCUUUACUGUUAUCUACACUGGGGGAGUCAAUCCCCUGCUAUGGAGACCCAUUACGGGCAUUGGCUCGUUCGAUCUCCCGUCCUAUGAUAUAGAGAUUACGCCGUUUUUGGGGAAGAUUUUGGACGGCAAGCCCCAUGAAUUCGGGUUCGGAGUAACCGAUGCUUUGGAUAUUUGGUAUAUUGACGCAAAUUUGCAUCUUUGGUUGGAUAGCAAGAGCUCGCGUACUGUCGGGAAUCUCAUCAAAUACGAAGCUCCGGAGUUCAUGUCAUCUCUGGUUUCGAAAUUUAAGGGUCUCGAUGGGCGAUUCAAGACCACUGCAAGUCGGCAAAUAUCUGUGACCGGGUGGGUGAAGUCCUCUUAUGGGAAGAUCACCACCCAUUUCUUUCAGAGGUUUGAUUAUGAGAAUCAGAUGCAGUUUGCAGGUAAUGGAAGUAUUCAGGUGGUGAAGCAGACAAUAGAUUUUAAUCAUGGCACUUACACCAAGCAUCCAUCUUCCAUUUUGCACUCGGAGCAAGUGCAUCAGAACUUUCCUCUUUAUAUGUACACGGGGACUACUGACCAAGUCAAUGACACCUACUCUUUGGUUUCCAAUAUCACGUUAGGAUUCAAUGAGAAAAAGUUCUCUGGAGAGCGGUUUGGAUUCUCGUUCAGCUCUCUAAGGAACUUACAGAAUGGUCAGGGAAAUAUGAAGGUGAAGGGAAAUCUGGUGACUAAUGGCUCUGGGAGUACUCAGCAAGUGUACAGAUAUGAGAGUACUGUUGGUUGCUACUUUAGGAAUGUGAGCAGCAAUAAUUAUACUAUUCUGUAUGAUGAAACAGAGAAAUCUUGUGCUAAGGCAUCCCCAUUAGGUGCUGGGCUUUUUCUUGCUGCUAGAUGGCCACCUUUUCCAGCCAGGAGAACAUCUCUGGCAACUGAAAUAUAUAAAUUGAAGAAUGGUGAUUAAAUUGUUUCAUUUUGCUGAUUCUUCCAAUGUUGAAUAAGAGGAGUUCUCCUUGAGAUUCAUAUGAUAGAUGGCUUUGGAGUUUAUAAUGGCUCCUGGGAUCAUGUAUGCAUGUAAGUUAGAAACACAUAUUUCAUUAUGGAAUUUGAUUUUUUCCUCA